AUGACGCCGGAUACGAACUAUCAGCCACCUCAAGAGCUGCAAGACUUUCUCGAUGCAGGUGAACUUCCAAUUUAUAUUGGAUUUGGGUCGAUAGUCGUCAACGACCCUUUGAAGUUAACGACCAUCAUCUUUGAGGCCCGCGCGAUCAUAUCUAAGGGUUGGUCUAAUAUUAGCGUGAGUGAUGCGGAAACCCCUAGCAAUAUAUUUCUCUUAGACAAGUGUCCCCACGAUUGGCUCUUCCUACGUGUAUCUUGUGUGAUACAUCAUGGAGGUGCCGGAACCACCGCAGCUGGUGUGCUCGUAGGCUGCCCUACUCCGGUGCCAUAUAACCAACUCACGACAGCAAAGUUAGCUUCUGCUAUUAAAACGGCGCUGAAAGCUUCGACUAAACGCUAUGCUGAGGAUAUAGGCAAGAAGAUGCGAAUAGAAACGGGCGUGUAG